UUUAAGAAGAAGCUGUCUCGCGCGCUGCUCGCAGUGCAGGGAGUGCCUCUUCUGGCCGAACUCCCGGAGAGCUCCUACCCAACACCGGCCCGGACAAAGAGCAGAACCGAGACCGAGAGAAAGAGCGGGGAGAGAAAGUGCUGGUCCGGAUACUCGCGGUGCUGGAGUGAUGAGGAUGAGGGCUGUGUUCUUCCUCAUCUCAGCCUGUGCCUCCCUCCUCUUCCUCCUGUCCCUUAUCAGCGUUUCCUCUGCCUGCAACAAAGCCCUCUGCGCCAGCGACGUCAGCAAGUGUCUCCUACAGGGCCUGUGCCAGUGCCGACCUUCAGAGGGAAACUGUUCCUGCUGUAAGGAGUGUAUGCUGUGUUUGGGCACACUGUGGGAGGAGUGCUGCGACUGUGUGGGCAUGUGCAACCCCAGGAACUACAGCGACACCCCGCCUACUUCUAAAAGCACGGUUGAAGAACUCCACCGACCAAUCCCGUCACUCUUCAGAGCGCUCACCGAGGGCGACACCCCCAUCAACAUGAUGGUAGUGUCUUUCCCUGUGGCUGACGAGCUUUCCCAUCACGAGAACCUGGUGUCCUUCCUGGAGACGCUGGAAGAACAGCACCAGAACGUCACAUUGCCUGGCAGCAGCAUCCAUGGCAACUAUGACAAAGAUAACCUGUGCACGGUGGUCUACUUCGACGACUGCUUGUCCAUACGGCAGUGCAAGCAGUACUGUGAGUCGAUGGGGGCUUCAAAGUACCGCUGGUUCCACAACGCCUGCUGCGAGUGCAUUGGGCCUGAGUGUGUGGACUAUGGCAGUAAAACUGUCAAAUGCAUGAACUGUCUCUUCUGAAAGCCCAGAAACAGUCUUUACAGUCUUCACAAUGUGGGCUGGCCUUCUUCUCUCUGGGCUUUUGCUGUAGUAUUUUGUUGUUUUAACCCUUUAAUUAUAUCGUGGGUGUUGAUUUACAAACUGCUCUGAUGAGGUAAAAGCAGCAUUAUUUUAUACAGGAUCAGAUUUUGCUACUCUCUGUUUGGCGAGUAAAAAUACUACUCAAUACUACACAUUGACUUACUGAUAUUAGGUUGUAGCAGCAGGUUGUUUGCUACAGUUUGAUAAGGUUUAUCAAAUAUUGUCAAAUUUCCAAUUCAAUCUAACCAGAAACUGAAGAAAACUUUGUUUUGACUCUUUAUGUAAGCCUAUGCCUGAUCAUGCUCAUAAUGAUAUUUCUAUCCUAAUUAACAACAGUUUUAUAGGCCCCAUAAUCGAACCCUGUGGGACUCCAAAACAAAAGAACAAGGUAUCAAAUAAUUCACAACUGUUUCUGCAUUAGGAUUAACAACUAAAGAAUAAACCAAGGGUUAAAAGGGUGGAAAUCGCAGGCUCCGAGUGGUCCAGCGGGCUAAGUGCUGCCACUAUGAUCAGGAGAUCGCUGCUUCGAAUCCUGUUCAUGUAGCUUGCCAUCAGCUACAAGAGCCCUGAGAGAGCACAAUUGGUUGGUGCCACCAUAUGGAGUAAUAAAGCAGUAACUUUACUAGGUCAGAUUGGGGGGUUGUGUCUUAGGAAGUUGGAAGUUAAGAGGGCCUAUGUUUUAAUAGAAAUAUCCAUAUCUGACACCACAUAUCAAUAUGAUAUAAUACAUUAAAAGCAAUAGAAUACAUUGCAAUAUUGAUAUAUUGUCCCACCCCUAGUUGCUACAUAUCAUUCAUUUUUGUAGUUUAGCUAGUGUGCCAGCCUAUGAUGUAGCUAAUCGAAAUCUGGCAGGUUGGCAACAACUAUAUUAAAUUUGACAUUAUGCUAAUGUCAGUUCAAAUCCAUGACAAAAAACAGUCUGUUUCUAUUUAUAUUUCUACUUUUGUACUGAAUACAUACUGAAUAUAUAUGUAUCCUUUACAUCAAACUUGCAGACUAAAAAGCACUUACCAACAUACAGUACAACACCUUGCAGCACGAUAGAUACCACCUGGCAACACCGUAGCAACCACCGCUGAUGCUAUAGCAAAUACCUAGCAACACUGAACCACUGAAGCUGCGCAGCUAUUUUGCAUUAGCUUCAGAAAAAACACUCUUUUAAAAAAAUUGUUUACGUAUGCAUUAUGUAUGCAUUAAAGCAUUGUAGGAUUUCUGUUUGUGUGUUUCAUUGUCUGUUUUAUUGUAAUUUUGUAUGUAUUUUGUGUCAUUUCUUGGCUAAAAAACGGGCACACUACAUUUGUAUAAAUGCUGUAUGCAGUAAUUUUGAGAGUAUAUCGUCGCUGUCAUGCAAAAAAAAAAAAUCGUAUAAACUCCAACUUCAUAGAUCAAUUAAACCUUUUUAUUUUUCAAUGAAAUUAUUUAGGUUCAUCAGUUAAUUCAUUAAAUUUUUUAACAAUAUCAAAUUACAAAAAAAACGAAUUUAAAUUGCAAAAAUGAAGACAGCGACAAUAUAUUUCUUUGACAUGCACUCUCCAUUAAUGUUAAUUGUAUUUAGGUUUGCUGGAUUAUUUGCUGAAUUGUUGGAAAUAAAGUUAAAUUAUAAAGUAA